GGUGAAAUUUAUCCUUCGCACGCUAUGGCGUCUGUGCCGUAAGCAUGUCAACUGCGCUAUAAACUACUUAUUGCAACUUUAACGCUCAUUUACCAAUAGUCGAUAUAUUUUGUUUAUCCGCUGUGCAAAAAUCGCGUAGUUUAGCCAUAAGAAGCUAAUGCUUUGCGUCUAGGGGGAAUCCCAAUUUUGUCAGUAGUGCGCCUGCUGCCGCUGCGAUGAGCCGGAGUUCAAACGAUUCAGAAGAAGACGGCGAGAUUGAUCGUGAAGAAACGCGCUACAACAUGGUUUCGAGCAGUGUCGCUUCGCCCACAAAGGACUACGCCGAACAAGCGGAUGAAAGUGACAGUUAUGACACUGAAGACGGAGGUGAGGACAUGCUGAACAUACAGCCCCCCCAGGCAACAAUCGUGAUUCCGAAGCGUGACCGGCGAGAUCGCAAGCGCGACAGGCAUUCAAGAAAGCAUGAAUCUUCCCACAGCCGUGGCAAGGACCGCCAGCCGAGCAGCCGAGAUCGGAGCGGUGGACACCGGGACAGCCGACGUGCUGCUGCUGACAGCAGCAGUCACAGGAGUGGUAGCACCCGUAAUCGCGACACACGCGAGCACGAGAGUCGGCACCGGCAAACCCACCGAACAGAGGAAAAGGUGGCUCGGCCAGUGGAACCGCCAUCACGUUCUGGGCGGAAUGAGGCCAGCAGCAGCAGCGGCAGUAGCAGCAGCAAAGAGCAGGCAAGGGCUCCUCCACGAGAUGUUGGCCGGAGUGUGCAGAGAGAACCAAAAGAAGUGGCCCGCAGCGAGCUGCGGGACGCACGCGAGAAGAUCCGAGAAGCUAAAGAGGCACGGGAGCAGCGGGAAAGAGAACAGCGGGAGAGAGAGGAACGAGAACAAGAACGUCUUCAGCGAGAGUGGCGCAAAGAACGGCUUCUUAUAGUGGGACAAGCGGCAGCCCAGCGGGAGAGGGACAGGGAGCACCGAAAGACAGAGGUGGUUCGCUCAGCGGCCGAAGUCCCCAAGCUGACCAGCAGAGACCGCAGUCGAAGUCCUCUCGCACGGAGUUCAGACGACCGGUCAGACCUGCCAGAAAUCUCUCUCACAGUUGAGGAUGAGCGCCUCACUGACAUCGAGGACGAAGAGCCAAGUCCACCAAAAAUGGUCUCUCAUAGCGGUCAGGGAGAGCCAAGAAUGGCUUUAAUGGACACAACCAUCAAAGAGCAGCCACCACCACCACAACCACAACCACGCGCUGUCGCGAAGAGUUCCGACGAUGACGAUGAUGAUGACGACGACGAUGAUGAUGACGAUGGGUCCGACAUUUCCUCAGACUCGAGCAGCGAGGACAGCAGCGACUCUGAUGGUUUGAGCCUGUUUUUCAGGCCAGGGAAGACAUCAGACUUGGAAGUGAGCGAUCCAUUGUACAGUAAAGAGCGCCAUGCUCGUUUGAGAGCCACACUGAAAGCACUCGUUAAAGAGGAGACAGACUACCAGCAUUCACAUCAUCGAGAUAGCAGCAGCAGUGAAGAUGACUCUGAGGAUGACGAAAAGUAUUCGGAAGACGGAAAAGUUGAUGGUACAGAUGUGGAAAUGAAAGAAGCCACACCGAAAGUAGAAACAGUGAAUGUCAAUACAACUGGUGAGGCCUCUCCACUGAGCGAAGACGACGAUGGCACUCAGCUACCCCCAUACUUGCCAGCCAUUCAGGGCUGUCGUAGUGUUGAAGAGUUCCACUGUCUCAACCGCAUCGAGGAAGGCACAUACGGCGUUGUGUACAGAGCAAGAGACAAGCAGACAGAUGAGAUUGUGGCUCUGAAGCGACUGAAGAUGGAAAAAGAGAAAGAAGGCUUUCCAAUAACAUCCCUCCGAGAGAUCAACACCCUCCUCAAAGCGCAGCACCCGAAUAUUGUCACCGUUCGAGAGAUAGUCGUGGGCAGCAACAUGGACAAAAUCUACAUUGUGAUGGACUACGUGGAGCAUGACCUAAAGAGCCUGAUGGAAGUGAUGAAGCAGCCAUUCCUAGUGGGCGAGGUGAAGACACUGAUGCUUCAGCUGCUCAAGGCAGUGGCCCACCUCCACGACAACUGGAUCCUUCAUCGGGACCUCAAGACUUCCAACCUCCUGCUCAGCCACAAGGGCAUCCUAAAGGUUGGUGACUUUGGUCUGGCUCGAGAAUAUGGGUCACCCCUGAAGCACUACACUCCCAUUGUAGUCACCAUGUGGUACCGUGCUCCAGAACUGCUUCUUGGGGUCAAGGAGUAUUCGACGCCCAUCGACAUGUGGUCCGUGGGUUGCAUAUUUGGCGAGCUUCUCACAAUGAAGCCGCUGUUCCCUGGAAAGUCGGACAUUGACCAGCUGAAUAGAAUCUUCAAGGACCUUGGCACUCCCAGUGAGAAAAUUUGGCCUGGCUAUACCGAGCUUCCCCUAGUGAAGAAAGUGACCUUCACGGAGCACCCUUACAACAACCUGAGAAGCCGGUUCGGCCACACGCUCUCAAACCUGGGUUUUGACCUGAUUAACAAAUUCCUGACCUAUUACCCGCAGCGCCGCAUCACUGCGGAAGACGCGUUGAAGCACGAGUUUUUCAAUGAGACGCCAGUGCCCGUGGAUCCGUCCAUGUUUCCAACAUGGCCAGCCAAGAGUGAGCUGGGUCACAGAAAGGCGCAGAGUCCCAAGCCUCCAUCUGGUGGAAAGCAGUUUGCCAAACAACUGGGCGAAGGAGAUGACGAAGGACUUCUGGCGGCUGCAGGCUUUCACAUGAACAUCCCCAGCAAGGGAAGUUCAGCCAAGGGAACUGGCUUCAGCCUGAAGUUUUAGAAUUGCCGCAGAACACACGGUUUAGGCUGUGUCCACGACUGUUAUGUGUAUAUAAAACAUAAGACAUUACCUGAUGCAUCCUUCUUAUAAAAGCAUGAUACAUGA